AUGAUCGUCCCAGAGAACAACAUGAACGAUGCAGGUAGCAGCAGUCAACUCUACGACCAUACGUCUCAGCGCCCUCCUUCCUACAGAGUCGAGGAUAUUCGCAGCUUUGAGCCUGUUGAUAAGGUUCCAGUCUUUCCGACCAUCCCAGAGCUGGAUGUCGACUCUAGUGCUUCCAGUUCCACCACACCGUCAUCUAACACAGCAUUCCAGACUCCAUAUACCAUCAGCCCCGUCUCACCGUCAGGAUCACACCAAGCUUCAUCAAGCAAAGGAACUUUGACAACAUCACUGUUCAGCGACACCGAACUUCCAACCGCCUUUUCCCGGGUGCCACCAGCACAUAUCUCAUACGAGUCCUUUAAACCGUUAUUUCUGGCAGCGAACGGCAAAACUCUAGAGAAAGGCUUUCCUCCAGUUCCUCCUCCUUCGGUCAUUCAUCCACAUCCGUUCACAUAUCAUGAUGUCACUGAAAGCGAUUGGUUAAGCUUUUUGGAGGCUUUACGCGCGGCAGCGUCACUGACUGAGAAGGAUAUAAAUAGAUCGUUUAGUGUCCCCAUCAUAUCCAGCCUGCCACUUGUUGGUCAACUAACAGGGGCAGGAGUCCAAAUGCUUAUGAAGGGAAGAAAAGGGAACAAAGUCGCAAAAGUGGUAGAUCGGUGGAAUCAUCAUUUUUUCUGUCCUCGAAGAAUGAGGGCUGUGUUGAUGAAAGGUUCAACCAAAAUCAGCGGCAUCACCGAAAUCGCCGCCGACGGCCAGUUGUCAACAUAUCCUGAAUACCAAACGCCAACUACUCCGAAUGAUGAUGUGUUUCGCCUCUUUGUAAUCUCGGUGUAA